AUGGCCGUCCACAGAGCUAAGGUGUCUGCUGUGUCGUGGUGGUGUGUCCUGCUGCUGUGUCUUGUCCACUGCCAGGCUCAGGAUGAAUACUCUGGAGAUGACUCAGGCGAGACGGGCUCCCUGAUUGGCCGCCAUGAUGGUGACGCUGCAUUCCUACGCCCAGAGUAUCCUCCCGAGCCCACGCAGGGCUACGACGAGGACAACACAGCGUCAGCAUACGACCCCUACGCCCCCGGCCCCACCCACGUCACCUUGAUCACGGAGGACGAAGAGUCCUACCCCUACGAGACAACCGAGUCGUACGGAUACGCCAAGGAGGACGAGCCAGAAACCACAGAGGUGCCCUUUGAGGAAGGAGACUCCAGUGAAGAGGUGGUGCAGGAGGAGGGGCCAACGGAAUGUGACUGCCAGCCAGGAGAGCCGGGAUUCGCCGGUUUCGCCGGGCCAAAGGGCUCCAGGGGUCUGCAAGGCAAGACGGGAUUCCCCGGCCCACAAGGCCGCCAGGGUUACAAGGGAACCAAGGGAGUGAGGGGACGUGGAGGAGACACUGGCCCUGUGGGAGAUCCAGGUCUCGAUGGAGAGGAGGGAGCUUCAGGAUUCUCUGGAGCCAUGGGUGUUCCAGGUCCCCAGGGUGAUAGAGGGGAGUUUGGAAUCCUCGGCCUCAAGGGUGACAUCGGCAUGGAGGGGCCACGUGGUGGAGUUGGGGACACAGGAGAUGUUGGUCCAAUUGGUCCUCCUGGUACCACCGGGUCGAGAGGCGUAAAAGGCCCGAAGGGAUCCAUUGGCAAACUGGGCAAGCAGGGCCCAGAGGGUCGAGAGGGACUGAAGGGCCGUAUCGGAGCCCCUGGGUUCUCGGGAGACCACGGAGAGCAAGGCUACCUCGGCUACCCUGGAGUGCCAGGUGAUCCUGGACCCACUGGUCGCAAGGGAGACAGGGGCAUUGGUGGCAUGCCCGGAAGCGACGGGGAGCCUGGAGAAGAUGGACCUCUUGGAGUGACAGGAGUUAGCGGAGUGCCAGGAGCUUUUGGACCUAAGGGGGCGAAAGGUGAAGUCGGGCCGAGAGGCAAAAGAGGAAGAGUGGGCGCCGGGGGCCCGCUGGGGGAGAGGGGAGAUGCUGGCGUCCCAGGACAGCCCGGCCCCAAGGGGCUAUCAGGACAGCCUGGAGCCAAAGGAGAGACUGGAGCAGAUGGCAUGACAGGUGCAGUGGGAAGGCCCGGCAUUAAGGGAGUCAAAGGUCAAAAGGGCGGUUUUGGUGACCGAGGCGAUAAAGGACAGCAAGGUGAGCGAGGUCGUCAGGGCAUCGCCGGGAAGGUGGGCCGCGUGGGACCGCCGGGUAUCCCUGGGGAGAGGGGCGACUCGGGGCCCAGUGGAGACGCAGGGGUCAGAGGUCGUCCUGGACCAAAGGGCGUGCUGGGUGAAGCUGGCCCUGGUCUGACGGACGCCCAGGUGCUGCAGCUGUGCCAGGGGGUGGUGACGGCCCAGAUCUCCCAGUACGCCUCCUCCAUCCGCUCCAAGUGUGCGCAGGGCUGCCCCGUCAACAACCGCACCCUCAUCGGACCCCCCGGGGCCCGGGGACCCUCCGGACCGCCUGGCAAGCCUGGUAAAGCGGGUAAGUCGGGAUCCAAGGGAGACCGCGGUGCCAGAGGACCUGUAGGGGUGGAGGGAACCAAGGGCCUGGAUGGAGACGCAGGUUCAAAGGGUCGUAAAGGAGACAGGGGAGACGGCGGGAAAGGCCUCCGAGGACACGACGGACCCCAAGGGCUACGAGGGCUGCCCGGCCACCCAGGCGUCCCCAAGGACGGCAUGGAGGGCCCCCAGGGUCCCCGCGGCUUCCCCGGGCCUGUGGGCCAGCCUGGCAUGGAUGGUGGCGCAGGCGUGCCGGGCAUAUGCGAGGCGAGAGACUGCAGCAUCCACGCGCCCGUCAUGCGCAAGGAGAUGGGCCUGGUGAAGGGACCGGUGAGCACCAAGAUGUAACGUCGUAACUCAACGGAAGAAGAGGAGAGGAAGAGGAGAAGAGGAAGAGAGGAAGAGGGAGAGGGAGAAAGGGGAAGAGGGAGGACAACAUUGGAGUCCAUCUGCAGACUUGAAACACAGAGAGUCCAGCCAGAAGUCUUGCAUUGUGAAGUUGUCAUUGAGCCCGUUUAUAUGCACAUCAAUAAACUGUUUAUGAACAGGUUUUUGGAGUAACCGGUUUAUUCAAGUGCUCAUAUAAAACGGAAUAAACAGUUUAUAAUAAUCGGUUUGUUAUCGGUUGAGAAAUCUGAUUUGCACAGGUAGGUUUUUGGCAAAUAAACUGAUUUCUCGUGUCAUGUAUCCAGCAUAAUUGGGUUAUUAUCAGGUUAUUGACAUUCUAGAAUGAUAAGUAGCCAAUCACAUGCCUUGAAUUUCAGUUUCGUGUCACAUUCUUGAGUGGAACACAUGCAACCGACAGACUGCAUGUUAACGACAAUAAACCGUUUACUCCAAUAACCUGUUUAUUGCAAUAACCCGAUUAUUGCGGCAAUGUCAACGGGCUCACUGGCUGCUGAAACAUCUCAUCUGAGGAUUGGCUCCCUUGAAGAAACACUUGCACCAACCAGAGGAGAAAAAAAACAAAGAAACAAACAAAAAAAGACUUUUGGAGCACAGCGGUACCAAAGACUGAAGUAAUCUCUGUUAAGACUCAAUGUGCAGCACACACAAAUUAUUUUUACAUUGCCUGGAGUGACCAUCCAAGUCAACAUUUUCUAUGGUGCAAAAUACUGUAACCAGCCAGUGACCCAUGUUCAUUUUGUCUGUUUUAUCUGUUUCACUCUGGUCAUACAUGACAAAUGCUGUGGAUACACUAAAAUAAAGAUGUGUAAAUAAUUUUGUAAAGCAUCUUCUGUAUGUAUUGUGUGUUCUGAGAUAACUUGUUUGAAGAUAAACAUUGUCUUGCCUUUUCCAAUCAAGGUGGCCCUUCAGUUUUUCAGUACAUCUACUUGUGACUAGUUUCAAAUGUUUAGUUUUUAAAGUUCGUUUGAAAAACAAAUUGGCAAACCAUUUUUUUUCCUUUUCACCUUUUCAUUUCUGUCUCAACCAGAAUGAACCAUAAUGAGCCAUACAAUUGGAUUUUUCUUCAAAA